AAAAUGGGUAAGAAAAAGCCAGGGAAAAUUGGUAUGGAUGCAAUCGAAGAAGAAAAGCCCUCUUUGCCAGCCACUGAGAACGGUACUACCGAAGAAGAAGAAGAAUUUGUAGAAUAUGAGGUGGAAAAGGUCGUUGACAAGCGAAUCCAUAAGGGAAAGGUUGAGUACUUGCUCAAGUGGAAGGGGUACCCACCCUCGGACAACACUUGGGAGUCUGAAGAUAAUCUCGACUGUCAAGAGUUGGUUCAAGACUACGAAGAGAGAAGACGGCUGGAAAAGAAGCCCGUUGCUGUUAAAAAGGAAAAGAAGGAGAAGAGAAAGGAGCCGAGGUAAUGUUAACGUAUUUGGUCAUUUUCGGCUACAGAUGACCCAGAGAUGUUUUUCGGUUUGUUGGUUGUUACUUUACUGUGGUGAAGCUUAACUUUGUUGAUUGUCUGCGAGAAAUUGUGCAGUUUGGGCUGUUUCUCUUCCUAGCUCAUCAUUCCCCAUCAGGACUGCACAAGUGCAAUUAAAAUUUUUUAAUUUGCAUGGUUACAGGGUAAUAAAUCAAGCUUAAGCUUAACUGUUCAGUAUGUUCAUGUUGGCUCGUAUUCUCAAUCUUACGAUUUGAGUCUUGUGAUCGAAUUCUAUGUUUAUUAUAAAAGUGGACAAAUUCUGAAAGCUUUGGCACUCAUACUUGUGCAUUUAAAUGCAUUAUGCACAUUAUGCUCAUGCAUGGUGCAGUUGCUGCAAACCUUUCAAAUUUUUACACUUUUAGUAUAAUUAAAUUGAAUGGAAUUAAUACCUACAUGUACAAGCAUUGAUUUUUGCACGCACUUACUAGAUUGGGUCCCCUGUGAAGUGAGGCCCAUAGUGUCAAGUGCAUGCAAGGAUAAUAAAUUUGUUGAAAUUUAAUUUGCAUUCUGCAUUAUCCUGUUUCAAAUCCCAUUCUAACUCUUUGUUUUGACACUCACAUAAGCAGACAUUCCCAUAGGCGACCAUAGACAUUUUUAGUUUUUUUUAGCUUUGUUUUUUAAAGGGACACACACAGUCAGCUGUCAGGGGCACCCUAUGAGAAUAUAGUUCAAAACCACUUAAACAAAGCAUUGUGAAACGUAUUUUAAAAGUAGACAGCCAGGAUGUAAAAGUAGGUGGCAUGAUAAUUGAGUGCUGUAGGCAAUUUCAGACUUUCACAUCCUCUUUUUCCCCUUUUCCCCUCUUUUACAGGGGUUUCGACAAAAAUUGAAGUAGCCAGCAGGUCUGAAUAGAGUAACUGACUUUAUCAACAAGGGGCUGUUGUUCCCCUUUUUCAAGUGGGAGGGGGAAGGGAGUGGUCUGAGUGCAUUCUGCCCAAAAAAAUUUUGAAAUUUUAAACCCCUCUGGUGGCUGCCGCUCUCAGGGUUGUCAUGGUUACCUUCCAAGAUCGCUUGUGGCCCCCUUCUGCUUCUUCAGGCACCUUCCCCACACCCAUUUAUUGUUGAUGGGUUUAAAGCCCUAAAAUAUGAUUUUCAGUGUUCUGGCAUGGCUGUCAUUAAGAGCCGGGGGCCGGGGAUUUCCCCCGGCUACUAUGAGUGUGGCCCCCGCCUAUUUUUAAUGGAAAAUAAAGGAAAAUUGGAACCAAAAGAAACCCCUAGGUGUUUGAUUCCCCGCCUACUUGUUGUAUUUACCCAGCAACUCGAAAUCUUAACGACAACCCUGGUUCUGGGGACUAAAUUUGAGGACAAAAGAGCAUGUUUUUAUGAAGCUUUCAACUUAUCAGUCACACAAUCAGCAGCGUGCAAAGAAAGUAGUGUCCGAUAGCCCUGGGCUAGUGGAUUUUGCUACCGGGCUAGCAAAAUCUGUUUUUAACUUGCCCAACAUGCAAGUGAUGUUCUUUGAGGAAUUCGAAUAACAGAAGAAGUGUGAAAUCAAUUCUGCUCGACGAAAAGCUUUUGGGGCUAGUUGAAAUGACAUCUGGGCUAGUAAAUGCUAGCUUCAGCUUGCCCGAAUGGCAAGCUGUAAAAAUGAUUUUCUUUGCACCCUGAUCAGUCCCUAAAAGCAAUGAACAAAUUAAUGAUGAAAAUUAAAUCAUGUACUUUUGCACGUGAACAAAUUGUGUGUAAAGUAACUUGUGAAAAAUGACUGAAAUAUGGCAUUCACAUGACUAAAGCAUAACGGAAAACCAGUGGGCCUUUAAGAAAACACAUUAUAAUAAAUAUUGAUUACGUUUUCAUUCAGAUUUUAGGAUAUAUUUUUGUUUACAACCUUAUUCAAACUAGUUGCUUCUUCUUUCUAGAAAAAAGGAGCCAUCCUCUAUGGGUGUCCGUAUAAAGCAGGGUAAAUUUUGAGAAAAUGUAAGGGCUUUCUUUCCCCAGGGACAAAGCAAGCUGUCCGUAAUGGUGAAGUGCCCUUACAACUGACAGUCCAUAGACUGUAGCUGGGCAAGCUUCCAUAGGUGGCCAUGUAACCCACACAUCUCUUGAGGCCACUUAUACAGUGAAAGUAUUCACCUGGCUAUAAAGCUAUUACAAGAACCUCCACACCUGAAAGAGAUCAAAGAUGCCAUUUUGAAUAGGCUCAUGCAAAACUAGCCUGCGAAAACAUCCGUUUCUCCUCGCUCUUCGCCGCUGGGGACGUUUCGCACAGAGGAACGUCUGCGGCUCAGCGACAGAAAUUCCAUACUGAUGACGUAAAAUCUGUCCAGAAUCCGGUCAGAAGUGCUGAUCGGUCGACAGAGUAGUUACUUUGUUUUAGCUAUUGUUUACGAAUGACAGACAAGAGACAAAAGGCCAUAAAGGUCAAAUGUAAACGUGAAGAAUCUUUAACAAAGCAGUCAAUAUUUGUGGCAUAUAGUCUUCUCUAGAAGAAGCAUUUGAGUUUCGCUGGAGCUUGUUGGCAGAUGAACAGAACACUUUACCAAAAUCGACCAGGAGACAUGUAAAAUUGGACAAAUUUAUAUUUGGAACCCCAUAGCUACAGGAUUUAUUAUGUAAACAUUGAUUUGUGUCAUCAGUAUGGAAUUUCUGUCGCUGGGUCGCGGACGUUCCUCUGCGCGAAACGUCCCCAGCAGAGAAGAGGGAGGAGAAACAGAUGUUUUCGCAGGCUAAUGCAAAACACCCAUGUGAUUUUUUUUAGUGAUAAAAGUGAAAGUAAAACCAAGAAAAGAAAAGUAUCAGAUUCCACAACCAACAGUGAAACAUCAAUCGAUCCUCCACUUCCAAAUGAAACUGGCGACGAUGAUGAUCCCAGCAAAGAAGAUGAUGUUAACCCACUUGAAGAAGGUUGGGAAGCAUCGUCCAUUCUCGGAGCGACAGAUGUUGAAGGACAAGUUCAUUUUCUCAUACAAUGGUAAAUAGACAUUUUUAUUGUAUAUGGCUGAAUCCUCGAACAGGCAAGGUGAAGUGAAUCCUGCCCCUUGAUUGGCUACCCAAGUGCCAUCUGACCCACUUGGGAUUCCCUGCAUUGGUCCCACAAAGAAGUUAUCUUUUUGGCCAUAUUAUAAAUCCUUUGUUGACCAAGCUUGUUCAGUCAAGAUGGCUGGAUAUUGGCCUUGUUCUUUCUUGCAUUUUCAUAGUGGAGCUCCACACGUACACAACCACACACGAGUGGAGCCCCAUACCUAAGAAAAUUUGGUUAUCUAUCCCUCCAAAAAUUUUGGUGAUCACGUGACCAUACACCUGUCCACCCAUCCGCAACACAGAGAAACCAAUGUGAAAUGUCAAAUUUUCUAGCUAGUGUGGGAGCCUGUUACCUCUGUUUAACUUGAUAAUAGACAUCCAUAUUAUGAUCAAUUGACAGGUGUCACAACAUGGUAUCCGCUGACCAGUGUCACAUGACCGUAUUGCGGGGUUAGGUGCCAACUCAUUGAGGUCACGUGAAGUUUUCCACUGACCAGUUGUUAGCUUUUAAUUGAUUGUGGCCUCAAGUUUGUUUUUCAGUCAUAUGGUUUUCCCAUAAAGUUGAAAUACAGAUUUGUGGUCUUUUCAAUAGUUUAAGGUAUCGUGCAGGGUAAAAACCCAUCAUUUUUCGAAAUUUUUAAUUUUUAGAUGAUUAAAUAGAGCUCAUCAAGAGCUUUCUUUAAAAAAAAAAAUUCCAGAAAAAAAUGUUUUUUCUGUGCAGACUUAUGGAGCGCAAAAGUUUUUUCUAUGCUAAUUAUUUUAAUUGAUCGUUGACAAGUCCUGUCAUACUUGAUACGCAUGCCGCUGUUCAACCAAGCUAAUCACGCAAUUUGACAGAAAUCGUGGUCUACAAGUAUAGUGCUCACUGUUUUUCCCUGGAUUUUGGAAGUGAAUGUCUCCAAAGAAGAAAAAAGAGCUUGUCCGUUUUCGUCCUUGACUCCAAGACGAAAGAAGACGACAAAAUCGUUUUGCAAAGCGUGGGUUUCGAAAUUAGCAGAGAGUGACAAGGGCUCCUACUACAAUCAAGAAAAAUGGCUAAAAGAUGACAAAGCUUCUGAAAAACCCAUUGAAACUACCGCGAAAUCGAGUUUGGCGAGUGGAGCGAGCUUUUUAGGUCGCGAAGCGGCCAAGCAAGCGACAAAUUCGCGACCGGUCCUGCGCCAUGUAAAAAUUGGACGAAGGACUUUUUUGAAAGUCUAUUGUAGUGGGAGAGCAGCUUCAAGAAAAACUCCAGGAAGCGGUUUGUUGUCGAUUUUUCCAGGGAAGUGUCGAACUUUUAGAAAAUGUAUCGAGUAAAAGUUGGCUUGGUUAAAAAUGAAAACUGCCCAUCGCAAAUAACUAAAGAUGCUUUCUCGACAACAGAAGGAUCGAACAGAGCAGAGCGUUCGAAAUAAAUUGUUCAUCUGUUGUUGGGUUUCGUUUGUAACCUUUUCCUGCUGUGUCACUAUUGUUGUCCCUUUUCUGGUAUGCAUCAACAUUGACAGCUUUGGUGUUAUAAUCGGUUAUAAUCUCGUCACGGGCAAUACGCCGCCAAAAAUCUUUUUCCCCUGUUUUCUCGAAAUGAAAAUCAGAGCAAGUUGAGGGUACGUUUUAAACUCCAAGUCGGCAACCCAUGAACCAAUUUGGCUGAAAUUGGGCCAACUUACUGUCGGAUAGUUUUUCUAAAAAACGGUGUCUGCGAAUUUUGAUUUCUUUUUUCGUUUUCGAGUAAGAGUAUUUUUUUCACAGGUAGUGCUAACGAUUUGCUAUCCCUAACUUCAAUUGCUUAUAACAAAAGAACAAAACCACUUGACAAAAAUCUGAGACACGGUUUUUUAGUCAAACGUGUUAAGAAGCGAAUGCAAUCUUAAUUGGCUUCUUCCGUUUAUUUUUGGCUGGCCUGGACUUAAAUUUACAGCGACACCCACUUUCACAAAAAGCUUCUCAUUUCUGAAUCGCGUUAAUAUUUUGAUUUUUUAAAAGGAAUAAGCAAUAAUCUGGAACUAUUAAGCUUUCAGAAAAUGUACGGUUUAUGGGGGUAUUUAUGAAAAGCAAAAGCGCUAGCGCCGAUCAACGCGGGGAGGGUGCUUAAGGGUGGAUGAUACCUUAAAGUCCAUUGUCUGUAGUAAAUUUAAAGCGCAUUAACGGGAGCUUCGCUUUUAGCUAUGGCUAAAUCUAUAUGCUUGUGCUAAUUUUUCUCUUUUAGGAAAGGUACAGAUAGAGCAGACUUAAUCCCCUCCGCCACAGCUAAUGUCAGGUGGCCACAAAUAGUUAUCAAGUUUUAUGAAGAACGUGUCACAUGGACCCAGAACAAUGACAAUGAUGGAGACAGCUGAGGGAAGUUUCACCAUCUUUUAACUCUGCUUUGUGACGCCUGUUUCGAGAGGGAGAAAAAAAACUAUUGUCUGGGAAACAUGUUUUACAUGUCAGUGCAUGUAGCUUGUCAUGUAAAGAAGUACCACUUGAAAAUACAUGUAGCUGUACACACUGUAUCAGGCACAUGCAACAACUUACUACUUUGCUUCUGUCUUCCCUCAGUUUUGUUUUAUUGCUUUUUAACCACUACCUUCAUUGUGCCUAACCAGCAGUUUUGAAAUACGCAUCAGAGAUUGUAGUCUGGCAAUACAGCUGUUUCUCUUCACUCCUCACCACUAGGCAAGUUUUGUAACUCCUUGUGAAAUGUCCCUAGCAGCGAGGAGUGGUGGGAUAUGGUUGUUUUUGCAGUCUACAGCGAUUGUUACAUGUAGCUACUUCAUGGCAGUGAUGUGUUCUGCCCCCUGGCAACCUGCUUUUGUCCUCGGGCAACAGAAAUCAUAGUUUUACACAAAUAUAAUGUUUGGCAUCCUGGACUUCAAGAGUAUGUUUAGGACUUUCUGUCAGAAUUAAAAGUGAAAUGAAAAUAAAGACACGGUUUGAAGUCAAACAUAUGUCUGCACACUGCUAGUGUCUGCCCUCUUAACACUCUGGUUAGCUGGACACCUUUUAUUUUCCUUACCAACUUUUUUUAUAGCAUCUCACUGAUAAUUAUUCAUUGCUUUGGUUCAUUACUCCCUCCUUGUACUUUGUUAGGGGUGGCCUUAGUAUCUACUGAUUUUAUGUUUUUACCAGGAAGAAUAAGGUUCAGUCAAAUUGAUGUUUAUCUAUGCACUAUGCAGAUACAGACUUAGCUUUUUUAUGGUUUGGCAUAAAUAUAUUUCUACUUGUAGUAACAUACUUAAAAUGUAUACCUGAAAAUUUGGUCGGCACAUGAUGUCUUCCAAAAGAAGAGCGAGAUUCAACAUCACUUUAAUUGAAUAAUUCUCAGCAGUUCUUAAGGCUACUCUAUAACAUUUUAGUAAUGGUCAACUUUUAACUUAGCCCCGGUUCGGAUGCCAAACCUAACAUGAACUGAAUUCACUGAUUUUGAUAUUUGGGCUCAGGUGAAGAAUGGUGUCUGACAUUUAUUUUCAGCUCACAAAGAAACUACACUGACACAGCGGGAUGGAACUUCUUGCAGUUUGUUUGUGUUGCAUUUUGUAUUUCGCUAGCAAAAGAAAAAGGCCCAUAAAUAUUUUAGGUUUUAUAAUCAUUUCUAAGGUAGUGAUGUCAAUUAUAACUCAGGUGCAUUGUUAAGUGAACACACCAUAUGAACAUUUUGUGUUUUGAAAAUUAAUUACAGUGUGACCAAGAACCAUGAACACCUGAAAUACGACUUGCCAUCUUUUUUAUUGUUAUCUUGUAAUAAAGUUCAGAAUGUUUGCGUAAAAUUGAGCAAUAAUUGAGCUAAUGAAAUUCAAAUAGAUAACUUAAAACAAAACUAUGGUAAAACGUUUUGUUUUUUCUAACCAAAGAAAUCUACUUUUUACCUUGCAACAUCAUUUUAGGCAAAAUUUGACCUUUUCGAUUCUUUUGAUUUUGAUUAAGCCCAACUAAUAACUAACAUUCAAUUUGCAGUUUUGGCAUGUGAAGUCCUCAAACUUGAUUGGCUUAAAAACAAUAAACAUUCCGGGCAUUUUGUGUGUUUACAGUUUUUCUGGUCGCACUGUAAAAAGCACUGUCUAAAUUCUAGACAGGAAAUUAAUUUCCAGCUGUAUCAGUGGAUUUUCUUUAUAAACCAAAACAAAAGAUUUUUUUAUCAGACUCUGUGAGGUGUGAUUGCUAGAAAGAAUCCUUAGCAUUAUUUGGGGUGUCUUAUAAACUACACUGACGUUGAUGGGCUGAAGUUUUGAUUAUGGCCUCUCGAGUGGUUGCAUGUGUGUUUUGUUUGGCAAAAAUAUUCUAUGUACAGCUGAUUCACUUUCCUAUUAAGUAAUGGUCCAGAUAAGAAGGAAAGAACCAAAAUGCAAUGAACACGUCAGAAUGCAAAAAGGUGCUAUCUUUAAUUUUGUCUCUACUACACUUCUGAUUGGUUUAAACAUCAAAUUUUACGAAAUCUUCGCCAAGCAGCCGGGAGAUGUAUAUUAAUCCCUUGUUUUCUAACCAACUUCCUUAUAACAAAAUCUCUUCUGAGUCAAAGUAACACAGAAAUCCUACGUGAGGAACAUGUGAAAUUGUAAACUUUUCUUGGCUAUUGUUUUCAACUCUUAUGAUUGGUUGAAAUCUUUAACACAAAAAAACACCCUUUAAAAAUGGAGUUUGAAAAUAUUUUAUUUUGUAGACUGCCAUUUUGUAGGUUUAUGCAUUCUCUGUGUAAAAAUGAGAACAUUCUUAUGUGAGAAAAGCAUAUUGUCCCAUAACAAAAGAAAUUGUUUCCCUACUUACCGGGAUCAUUACUUAAAGAACUUCCUUGCCAUCAAACUAAAUAAAUUGUAACACCUGAAAUAUCUCAGGAGUGUUUAUUGUGCUGACCAAUCGCAGUAAAGGUGAAGAUACAGUGAAACCAAAAACUAAUUAAGUGAACGUUGUUGCCUGCAAUUUCACGCCAGAUAGCUCUUUUCCAUCACAACACUAUUUAAAACUUUCCAGAAACAUUUUUUAUGGUCACGGUUUUCCACGUUUCUCAAUAAAAAUUUUCUUUUAGUCAGCUUAGAGAUACUGUUUAUCUGGCUUAUGACAGGACAAUUUAAGUGGACACUAUACAAACUAACAUUAAUGUUCCUGAACUUGUGUGUAAUUGAAGCUAGUGGUCCUAAACUGAAAAUAUUAAUUGACUGUAAUGCUGCAAUACCCAAUAGCUUGUACUUAAGAUAUAACUUUGAGGAUAAGGGGUCUUGAGAGAUACAUUGUGAAAUUGGAAAGUUCAUUAUUUUUACUUUCUGAUUUCGUUACAGUUCUGUUUUUUUGUUGUUUACUUGCGAUAAGCAGAAAUAAUUAUGGUGUAUUCAGGUGUUACUUUUAUUUUGAAACUUUUCAUUUUCCCAUGUCUUAAGCAUUGUGGCUGUACCUGAAUGCCUUCUGCUUAGUAAAAAUCAGGAUAAUUUAUCAUGGGGCUGUGUUUGAAAUGACUCCCAAGGAAAAGCAUGUGUAAAAAGACAUGAUGGCUUGUUGAUUGACCCCAGUUCAAUUUUAUUAACAUUGCCAUAAAAUGGUGAUGACUUGCUUUUAUUUUUCUUUAUACCAUUAGCCAAAAAUUAGAUAAAAUAAGAGAGUUUGCAUAUUUUGAAAAGUUGGGUUUUUGAUUUCAAAAAUUGAAUGAACCUUUUUAAGUUAAAAGAUGGCUUUAGCCUUAACAUGCAUUGCAAGCUGAUCCUAUUUUGCCAUUAGCCAAAAAUUAGAUAAAAUAAGAGAGUGCGAAAAGUUGGGUUUUUGAUUUCAAAAGGGAAUGAACCUUUUAAGUUACUAGCUCU